CGGAGCUCGCAGUGGGAUCGGAGGGGCUGACCACCGGACGAACGACAGCCUACCAGCCCAAAAAAAAAAGCACCAUGUGAAGAAAAGGUGUAUAAAAAGCCACACGAAUACGGCAAACUAUCCAGGGCGAGGACUUAAUUCAUUCGUCUCACCGCCGCUGGUUCAGCGAUUUUAUCUCAGUGUCGGCAGAGAGCGGAUGGACAGAGAGGAGGAGGAGCAGGAGCAGGACGGUCCGACCAAGGGUAGGUAGCAGACACGUGUACCAUGCCGACGAGUGAUGGCCCCAGCCGCUUCCCCGUCUUUGUGGCUCCGCCCCACAACACCCAUCCGAGGUGUCCGGGCUACGUUCCCGGGCGGGUGGCUCCGGUCCGCUCGCCGCCGCCUGCCAAAGCUCCGCCACCUCCGCCGAUCAAACCUCACGGACCGCGGCCGGAGCAGCAAACCACGUUCAACUGUUCAGAGGAGAACCAGCGCAGGGGACUCGCUCAGAGGAAGAACACCAUCAUCUGCUGUGGGGUGUCGGCGGGGGCUUUCCUCCUCACGCUGAUCCUUGUGUUUAGUCUCAAAAGUGGGCAGGAACUAGAUGAGAAUUGUCCGGACCACGACCUGUCUCUUAGUAGCUGGAAACCAGGUCACCAACCAGAUAAGGCCGUGUUUGUCAGGAGGGGUAACUUGUUUAGAUUGGAUGCUUCUGCUACGUUACAUUCACUUAUCAUUCAGUCAGGAGGUCGAGUAGUCUUUGCAGACAACGCUGAAGGCACCAAAAACAUAACCUUGAGAACUCACCACAUCCUCAUAGAAGACGGCGGAGCCUUUCACAUCGGCUCGCCCAAAUGCCGCUACCGCUCUCGUGCCACGAUCGCCCUCAUGGGCCGCUCUGACAGCAAGGCUGUCCCCGAUGUCCGCGGCCUGGGCCGCAAGUUCAUCGCCGUCAAACGCGGUGGGACUCUGGAGCUCCACGGCACUGAGAGGCUUUCCUGGUCUUUUCUGACCCGGAGCAUCCCGGCCUCCGGCCUGGCCUCGGGGGGCCACGUCUUCCAGAAGAACUUCAGCCGGGGCAUCAACCUGCGCGUGGUGGACCAGGACACGGCCGCCGUGCUGCUGUCUGAACGCUACGACACGCACGACUCCCGCAACGACAGUCGCCGACUCACCCAGCUGCUUCGCUCCCUCCCGGCUGGACGCAUCGUCACGCUGGCUGUGGGAGACUCCGCCGUCAAAAGUCUGUUGGAGGAAACCAAGAAGGCCAUUGAGGAGAUACUCGGCAGCAGAUUCGUUCAUGAUCUCAAAUACAGACAGGCGUGGGCCUUGGUGUCCGUGGUGGGCGGUGGUAACGCCUCGUGCUCGGAGGACGUGAGAGAACACGAAAACCACGACACCGGAGGGAGGGCUGUGGCCAGGCGCAACUUCACUACCGUGGACGGAGUGGGCUUCUCAGUCACUGCCUACAGCGAGUGGACGACCGGCUUCCCCGUCUCGGGCUUCCAGGUGGACGCCGUGGAUCAGGUGGUGUUAAACCUGCAGGACGAAGUGCAGCAAACCUGGAAACCGGGGGACGAAAUUGUAGUCGCCAGCACGGACUACUCCAUGCACCAGGCUGAAGAGUUCACCCUGCUGCCCUGCCCUCACUGUACCAGCAGACAGGUCAGGAUACAAGGGAAGCCUCAGUAUAACCAUGUUGGAGAGAUCAUAGAUGGAGUCGACAUGCGUGCUGAGGUGGCUCUGCUCUCCAGAAACAUCCUCAUCUAUGGGGAAAUGGAAAGUUCCUGCUACGGAAACAACAUGUGCCAGUUCUUCAGCCACGACACGUAUGGAGGCCACAUCAAGAUCUUGAGCAACUUCACGUCUGUGCAUCUGUCCCACGUGGAGCUGAAGAACAUGGGUCAGCAGGGAGUGCUAGGCAGCUACCCCGUCCACUUUCACAUGUGCGGGGACGUUGAUCAGAAGGGAGGCUACCAGGAGCCCGCCUAUGUGGACGGACUCUCCAUACACCACUCCUUCUCCCGCUGUCUCACUGUUCAUGCCACCAACGGUCUGCUGGUGAAGGACACUGUAGGAUAUGACACACUGGGCCACUGUUUUUUCCUCGAGGAUGGCAUCGAGCAGCGCAACACUUUCUACCACAACCUCGGCCUGCUGACCCGACCUGGGACUCUGCUGCCCACCGAUCGCAACGAGACCAUGUGCACCAGCCUCAAGGACAAAGUUCACAAGGGCUACACCCCCUCACCCAGUACAGAGUGCAAGGCAGUCUCGACCUUCUGGAUUGCCAAUCCCAACAACAACUUCAUCAGCAAUGCAGCUGCUGGUUCUCAGGAUGCUGGCAUAUGGUUUGUGUUCCACAGCUCUUCCACUGGAGACUCUCACGGGCUGGUACCAGAGACCAAAGCGGAGCUCACUCCUCUGGGGAUUUUUUACAACAACCGUGUUCACUCCAACUUUAAGGCGGGGCUGUUCAUUGAUAAAGGUGUGAAGACAACCAAUGCCAGCGCCGCUGACCCUCGGGAAUACCUUUGUCUAGACAACAGUGCCAGAUUCCGACCACACCAGGAUGCUGACCCGAGUCGCCCUCGGGUGGCGGCAGUUAUCGACACCCUGAUCUCCUUCAAGAACAACGACUUGGGCGCUUGGAUCCGAGGGGGAGACAUAGUCAUCCAGAACUCUGGAUUUGCUGAUAAUGGAGUGGGAUUGUCCUUUGCCAGUGAUGGCAGCUACCCUAAAGAUGAAGGAUCCAGCCAGGAGGUGACACAGUCCCUGUUUGUGGGUGAGAGCCGAAACAGAGGAACUAAUGGAGGACAGAAUAAAUACUGGGGCGUCGGAGGGGUGGAUGGAAAGACGAGGACACUGCCUAGAAACAGGACGUUCCCAAUCCGAGGUUUCCAGAUCUAUGAUGGUCCUGUGCGGCUCACACAGAGUACGUUCCGUGGAUUCAUCCCUACCCCAGAGCGUUACACCAGCGCCGUGGGAUUCAACUUGAAGAACACCUGGCAGCUCACCCCACGAAACAACCUGUCCCAGCUCAGCUUCCACUCCACUAUGGGUCUGCGAGCAUUCUUUGGUCGUCCUGGACAGUGGUUUGAAGAGAACGACCUGGACGGUGACAAAAAUUCCAUCUUUCACGAUGUGGACGGGUCAGUGACGGGUUACAGAGACACCUACGUUGGCCGAGCAGACAAUUACCUGAUCCAGCAUCCCAGCUGUGUGAAAAUGGCCGAGUGGAAUGGGGUGACCUGCAGCGGCCGCUACUCUCAGGUUUACGUGCAAACUCAGGGAGCUUCUAGCCUCAGUUUAUCCAUCAGCAGAGACGAAUACCCUGCCGCUCCUCUGGUGCUGAGAGGGAUUAACAGCCAGGGGGCGCAGUCUCAGCAGUACCAGCCCAUCCUGAUGAUGAGCAAGAGCUACACUCUGCACUGGAGUGGACCGGCGCCCAGAGAAGUCGUCCUCUCUCUCAUUAACUUUGACAAAGACGACUGGGUGUUGGUGGGACUCUGCUACCCAUCGGAUACCACAUUUCAGAUCAUCGCUGACAUCAACAACAGGCAAAGCAACACCUUCGAUGACAUCACAGACUACGGCACCGUGUCGUCUCUCGUGCAGCUGGAGAAUAAACCAAUGGACAGGAAGUACUUCUUUGAUAAAACUUCUGGCUUACUGUGGCUUUACCUUCGGGCCCGUCAUGGCCGUGAUGGUCAUAGCUACUGUUCAGUAAAAGGCUGCGAAAGAGUGAAGGUCACGGCCACUACAUCCUCCAAACAGACCUGUAACUGUACAGCCAAAGCCUACCCCAAAUACGCCAAGACUCCUUCUGCAGUGGUGCCUAUGCCGGCUUUGAACAAACAGCCCUGCAAAGACUGUGGUGCUCAACAGCUUGUUUUUUCCAGUGAGCCGUGGACCUCCUAUCUUCAGACCCAAGUCAAGUCUCUCAGUGUCAAAGAGGAGCAGAGAAAAGACGCCGCAUCCUUUAUCACUGUGAAUGGGGUGACCAUGUCCUUAUCGCAACCUGGGUUUUUAAUUGUCUCUGUGGACGCCUGUUCUGGAAAAGUCUCCAAGAAAACCUCAUUUGCCAAAGUGGAUGCCAAGAUGGAACAGUACCUCAAAACAGGAAUACCAAAGAGGUCAAUCGUGCUCUUGGCGACACGGGGUCAGUCAGAAGGCCUGGUUGGUCUGGCACCAUACCUGGUCUCCUUAGGUGUAGCCAAAGCUGCUGAUCUGACCAAUAAAGAGAGUCUGGCACUUUGGGGGUUCCAGGGUGGUUCUUCACCUCCUUCAUGGGUUUCACUACAAGUCGGGCACGGGGACGACUUCCUGGGGCUGCAGGAGCGUUACGUGCCCCUGGCUUUGGAGGAGUACGGCUGUUUGCCACCUGCAACUCAAACGCGCAAAGACCUGGAGCUCCUCAAAAAAGCCACAGGACGACAAUAGCGACUAAUGUGAACUCUUCUAACGUAUCUACCCAGAACUCUCUUGCACACAGAUACACAAACACACAGUCAGCUGAUGAAUGUGAACUGCUGAACCUUUAAUUUAUUACCAAUGACAAGGAUGUUUACCGAUGGUAUUUUAUUAUGAACGGGGUGAAUAUUUUUGUGAUUUUGUUUGUGUGUGCGCGUGUGUAUGUGUCAGUUUGCCUUAGGGCCGCAAAGUCAAUGCACUUUCCUUUUAGAGACACAACUUGCCUUAUCUGCCAAAGUCAACAAAUGGAGCUUUACAGACGAGCAACAAGACAAGUUCUUUGACCAACAGAAAAAAUCCAAAUCCAAAACAUCAACCUACCAAGCUCAUUGUUUAGUGUGGAGUAAAUUAAAUGAAAACAGAGCCUAAGCUAUACAAAGGCCUCAAUGGAAUUACUGAAAUAAAUUACAUUGUUCCUGAAAUUAGACCACGUUUGGAAUGGAUUAGAUGUGCUCCGAAACAAAAGGAAAUUAUCAAAGCAAAUUCCAUUUCAUCUGAAAAUGAACUUAAGCCAAAAAUGAAAAUCUACUCCAGUAAAUCAAAACCAGUACAUUAGGUGUUACAGAAUAUCUUUAUCUUAAGCCUAAUCAUAACAAGCCAUAUUCAUUUUAGUAUUUACAUUCUAACAUACAAGAUGCCAUUAAAUAGAGAAGUUACUGCAUCGUAUUCUUUACUAAAAUCUUUGACUGGAAAACCUCCUCUGAUCAUCGUGCAGCUGUUCAACUUAAAAAGACUUUAAGCACCUUUUUAUGGAUUCCUUUAUGGACUUACUGGAUCUUUAUUUAUCUUUUCAGCGUGAUGAUCUCUCCACUGCUGGCCACAUGUGCAGCACAAAUAUAUAUAUAUAUAUAUAUAUUACUUCUUUUUUUGUUUAUUUUCUCAAACAGAGUUGAAUGUUUUACCUUUCGUCUGCCUCAUUCCUGACUUCCUGACUGAUUCCUGACUUUUUUUUUUUUUUUUUUAUUCUAGGUGCAUUAUUGCCAAAAUAGUAUGCUGGUAUAAAUUACAGGAUGCCUUUUUAGAAUUUGUAUCCGGACUGUAUAUUAGUGAGCCUCAAGUGCAUACAGAUCGUACACCAGCUGUAAGGUGUGCCCAGCUUUAUGCUGAAACUAUAUAAUCUUUGACUGGGUGUAUGGAUGUGAGCAGGGCUCCCCCACUGAGCAGUAUGCCUACCUAUUUGUGACUGUGUGAGCUGAUGACCGAACGUAUGAGAUGGAGGGAUAAAAUGACCUUGUUGCCUUUUAACCACUCUACUGUUAAAAAGAGCAGAAGAAAGAGAAACACAUAGCAAUCCCUUUGCCUUUUGUUCAAGAGAUAAUUUGAAUGCACAGAGUUCCUCACGUGUUUGUUUUUUUUGUUAGAAGUGUAAAUAAGAACUUAAAAACUGUACAUGCAGUGGAAAACAGGUUGUCAAUAAUGUAUGUAUUUGCUGUGUUUUCUUAACUGAUAAAUCAUUAGAAAAAAAUAAUCCUUUCCAACAUUCGGAUGCAGCGUUUGUUAUGAAAUUGCCAAUUAAAUAAACAUCUAUGCUUUGUGGUAAAA